AUGAGCUCACUCCGAACUUUGCACAUUGGCAGCGCCUCUAGGUCCACCGCUUCCCUAUCUGCUUUAGGCGCGUCACACGCCACAAGCCCAAGGACUGCUGAGCCGCUCAAACGCUCUUCGACGUUAUUCAGCAUCCCUACUUCGCAAGACCUAGCUGCGCCAGUCAACGAGAAGAAGUUCAAUGAUGGCACGCGACCGAUCGUAGCCUAUCAUUUGUUGGCAACAUUCGUCUUGGUGUACGCCAUCAUUGUAGUCGGAGGAUUGACACGCUUGACGGAGAGUGGGUUAAGCAUUACAGAGUGGAAUCCUGGCACGAAAGGUAUGAAGUGGCCCGCCAACCAGCAAGAAUGGCAAGUGGAAUGGGACAAGUACAGAGAGACUCCGGAGUGGGCAUUGCUCAACAAGCACAUGACCCUUGAGGACUUCAAGUCCAUUUACAUGUGGGAAUGGGGCCACCGCAUGCUGGGUCGCUUCAUCGGAGUAUUUUUCUUGGUCCCGGCCAUAGCGUUCAGUGUUAGCGGACUGGCGGGUCGACGGACGCGCCUCAAAUUGCUAGCCAUCGCCAGCGGCAUAGGUUUUCAAGGGGCUCUCGGCUGGUACAUGGUCAAAUCCGGUCUCGCGGCACCUCAAAAGAAAAUUGUCGCUCCCAUCGCUGCUCAUCCCAACAGCACCGCUCCUAGUAGCAACACCGGCGCCCAACCUCGUCUGGACCCUAAUCUGCAGACUGCUGAGUGGACACCACGAGUGUCUCACUUCAGAUUAGCAGCACAUCUGGGCACUGCCUUCCUGGUCGGGUUGGGCUGUCUGCAUACUGCAGCAGUCAUCUUGCGACCUAGAUUCUUUUCGAGGUUGACCUAUGUCGCUCAAAGCGCGAAGGCGCUGUCGUCCAGCUCUGUCAGGCGCUAUGCCAGUCAGACGAAAGCAGUCACCACGUUCGUCUUUGUGACCGCAAUGACUGGAGCCUUGGUUGCUGGACUGGACGCUGGACUGGUGUACAACGAGUGGCCAACGAUGGGGGACGGCAGGCUAGCUCCACCACUUGCAGAGCUUCUCGACCGACGCUACACUCUUUCCGGUGGCCAGUCGGAACAGGAUGGUAGCGGUUGGCGAGCCGUUGUUGGCAAUUUUACAUCCAAUCCCGUUUCUGUGCAGCUGAUGCAUCGAACGCUUGCCACCACUUCUCUCGUGUUGGUUCUGGCUCUAGGAUGGAGAGGCCUGCGCCUCUACAGAGCUUCGAGAGCGGCCGGAUAUCCAUUGCCAAAGUCGGUGCCUCGCUUAGCUCUGCUGAGCGCAGGCGUCGUCUCCAUGCAAGCAUCGCUGGGUAUCUUCACCCUGCUCUACCUGGUUCCGCUGGAGCUGGCUAGCGCCCAUCAAGCUGGUAGCGUAGCGCUGCUUAGCUCCCUCGUAGCCCUCACCGCUGCUCUUCGCAAAGCUCCCAAAUCUUUGUGGAGCAGCGCCAUCACUCAGGGGCCAGUCAAGAGCGAAGCGCAAAAGAGGGCAGAUCAAGUCGCCGCCAACGCUUUGCGCAAAGUCCUAAAGGAGAACAGCGCUGCGACUUCUGCAUCGCGCGUGCAGUUGUCUUAG